AUGAGUGCCACUCAGGCAAUCGGUGCCGGCGACGGCAGCAUGCCCGACACUAUGAUGCUCGACACACCUGAUUACACAGAUUCCGAGUCCAAUCCCACAGGCACAGCCAACAGUGUCGCGGGUGACGCGCAACAGACUGAUGGCCGCAAGAAGCGAUGGGAGGGUAAUGCGCUACGAAAGAGCAUGUUUGGCAAGAAGCAUGAUCGUUUGGGCGAGAACAAGGACGACGACUCCAUUCGGCGGUUCAGAUACCUAUUGGGCCUAACAGACCUGUUCCGUCACUUCAUCGAGUCAAAUCCCGAUCCUAAGAUCCGAGAAAUCAUGGCCGAGAUCGACCGUCAAGAUGAAGAAGAGGUUGCAAAGACUGCAGGCAACAAGCGUAAGGGUGGAGCUUCAGGAGAUAGGCGGCGGCGGACUGAGAAGGAAGAAGACGCCGAGCUCUUGCGACAAGGAAAGCAGGAGGGCAGGGCGGAGCAGACGAUCUUCCGCGACAGUCCACAAUACAUCCAGGGAGGCGAGAUGAGGGAUUAUCAAGUCGCAGGUCUCAACUGGCUCAUCAGCCUUCACGAGAACGGAAUUUCUGGCAUUCUGGCUGAUGAGAUGGGGUUGGGCAAGACUCUGCAGACGAUCAGUUUCAUUGGAUACUUGCGCUUCAUGCAGGGCAUUACUGGUCCUCAUCUCGUUGCCGUGCCGAAGUCGACCCUGGACAACUGGAAGCGCGAAUUCGCCAAGUGGAUACCUGAGAUCAACGUCCUUGUGCUGCAAGGUGCAAAAGAAGAGCGUCACGAGCUGAUCAACGAGCGUCUUGUCGAUGAGAAGUUCGACGUCUGCAUUACUUCUUACGAGAUGAUUCUCCGCGAGAAGAGCCACCUGAAGAAGUUCGCUUGGGAGUACAUCAUCAUCGACGAGGCUCACCGAAUCAAGAACGAGGAGUCCUCACUUGCGCAGAUCAUUCGAAUCUUCAACUCACGUAACCGUCUAUUGAUCACGGGAACGCCUUUGCAAAACAACUUGCACGAGCUUUGGGCCUUGCUCAACUUCCUGCUACCCGACGUCUUUGGCGACUCCGAGGCUUUCGACCAGUGGUUCAACAACCAAGAUGCCGAUCAGGAUACCGUCAUUCAGCAACUUCACCGCGUACUGCGACCGUUCCUGCUGCGCCGUGUCAAGAGCGACGUGGAAAAGAGCCUACUGCCCAAGAAGGAGAUCAACCUUUACGUGGGAAUGAGCGAGAUGCAGAUCAAGUGGUACAAGAACAUCCUCGAAAAGGACAUUGACGCGGUCAAUGGCGCUGCUGGAAAGAAAGAGAGCAAGACGCGACUGUUGAACAUUGUCAUGCAGCUGCGCAAGUGCUGCAACCACCCGUACCUCUUCGAUGGCGCUGAGCCUGGCCCACCAUACACGACCGACGAGCAUCUCGUCGACAACGCAGCGAAAAUGGUCAUGCUCGACAAGCUGCUCAAGCGUAUGAUGGACCAAGGGAGUCGCGUGCUCAUCUUUUCACAGAUGUCUCGUGUGCUGGACAUUCUCGAAGAUUACUCUGUCAUGCGGGGAUAUCAGUACUGCCGUAUUGAUGGAUCUACGGCCCACGAGGACCGUAUUGCAGCGAUCGAUGAGUACAACAAGGAGGGGUCAGAGAAGUUUCUGUUCUUGCUCACUACUCGUGCGGGUGGUCUGGGCAUCAACCUUACGUCUGCCGACAUUGUCGUUCUCUUCGAUUCGGAUUGGAACCCACAGGCUGAUUUGCAGGCCAUGGACCGUGCCCAUCGUAUUGGUCAGACCAAGCAAGUCAUGGUAUUCCGAUUCGUGACUGAGAAUGCGAUUGAAGAGAAGGUGCUUCAGCGCGCCGCUCAGAAGUUGCGCCUCGACCAGUUGGUCAUUCAACAGGGCCGCGCACAGCAACAGGCUAAGCAAGCUGCCUCCAAAGACGAGUUGUUGGGAAUGAUCCAGCAUGGCGCCGAGACGAUUUUCGAGCAGAAAGAGGGCUAUGGCGCCUUCAGCAAACCCGGAACGUCGGACGAUGACCUCGAUGCGCUUCUUCGGAGAGGCGAGGAGCGUACAAAGGAGAUGAGCGCGAAGUAUGAGAAACUUGGCCUUGACGAUCUUCAGAAAUUCAGCUCGGAGGCGGGCGGCGCCUAUGAGUGGAACGGUGAGAGCUUCAUCAACCGCAAGAAGGACAUCGGCAUCAGUUGGAUCAACCCAUCGAAGCGUGAGCGCAAGGAGCAGUCAUACUCCAUGGACAAGUACUACCGAAACGCACUCAUGACUGGUGGUCCUCGACCGGAGCCAAAGCCCAAGGUCCCACGCGCACCCAAGCAGAUGGCCAUGCACGACUACCAAUUCUUCUCGCCACGCCUAGGUGACCUUCAAGACAAGGAGACCGCCUGGUUCAGAAAGGAGAACGGCAUAAAAGCGCCUCUUGCUGACGGUGACGACGAUACCCUGGACCAACGCCUCCAAGAUCAAGAACUCGAACAGAGCAACAUUGACAAUGCGGAGCCUCUUACCGAGGAGGAGAUUGCUGAGAAAGAACAGCUCGCUAACGAUGGCUUUGGCGACUGGAACAAGCGCGACUUUCAGCAGUUCAUCAACGGCAGCGCCAAGUAUGGUCGCCAUGACUACGAGUCGAUCGCCCUCGAGGUCGAUUCCAAGGAUGCAAAGGAGAUCAAAGACUACGCCAAGGUGUUCUGGAAGCGAUACAAGGAGAUCCACAACUACGAAAAGCACAUCGCGGCGAUCAAAGAGGGUGAGCAACGCGCCGCGCGAGUCAUCGAGCAGCGGGAAAUGUUGAGCCGCAAGCUGUCGAUGUACCGCGUACCACUACAACAGCUGAAGCUGAACUACACGGUCAGCACUACCAACAAGAAGGUGUACACCGAGGAGGAGGACCGAUUCCUGCUUGUCAUGCUCAACAAGUAUGGCAUUGACACGGAAGGCCUGUACGAGAAGAUUCGCGACGAGAUUCGCGAGAGCCCCCUCUUCCGCUUCGACUGGUUCUUCCUUUCUCGCACGCCUCAAGAGCUGGGCCGACGCUGUGCUACCCUCAUCACCACCGUCACUCGUGAGAUGGAGGGCAACACCGGCAAGGAGAACAACAAGCGUGCUGUGGAUGACGACGACGAUGAGGAAGAGGAAGCGGCUCCAAAGAAGAAGGGCCGUCCUUCCAAUGGUGCCAAAUCCAAGGCUGUCAAUGGGCUCAAGGGCACGCCAAACGGUACCUCACGCGCGGCUAGUGUCGACACCAAUGCCUCUGGAGGUGGCAAAGCCAAGGGCAAGGGUCGCAAGAGGUAG